AUGAAGAAGCAGAAGAUAUGCUACAAGAGAAAUAGUUAUAUAAAUAGAGGGACAAAAUUCAAGACACUGAAGCAGCUGAUGCCAAGUCUUGUUGAAAAAGACCAUAAGUAUGUCCAAAUUUCAAACAGGGUAUCUAUAAGGCCGGGAAUAAAACUCUGUGACCUAACAAGCCUUCCUGCACCAUACACAUGCCCAAACACUAGGCUAUUCUACUAUAACUCUUCCGUGUAUAAAAGGAUUUGUGACAUGCCUAGCGAUCGUAUCCAAAAGCUAUUUCAGUUAAGAGAGUUUGGAAAAACCUUGGUUCCAUUUAGAAAAUGA